GAGUAUGGGAAAGUGGCAACGCUGGCACCAGCUGACUAAUAAUAAUAAUAAUAAGCCGAAUAAACAAGAGUGGGGACAUGAGCAUAAACUGGAUAAAAAUUACAGAACGGGCCCGAGAGGGUAUAAAAAUCAUCAAUGCCCUGCCGUACGAUACCUUCAACACGGUGCUGUGGUACACCCAUCGGCAGAUGAGCCCCAGCGCAACGGCUGCAGCCCCGACGAGCACCGUGGGCACCAGCGUCACCACCACGGAGCGGGCCGACAGCAUCGCCGAGGACACACCCACCAGCAGCAAUGAGCCGGAGUACACGCUGGAGGAGCUGGAGCGGCUGGUGGGCGUGCCGCGUGCCGACUUUUUGCUGCUAAUCAAAACAUUCUCGUACAUCCUGCGUCGCAUCUCCACGUUCAUCAUUAAGCCGAGUCUGCUGCAGCGCGAGCUGCGCGAGAAGCUCCAGCUGGAGGACGAGGCCAAGAUCGAUGCCAUUCUGCGGCUGUGGGUGCGCGAGGCGACUCCGAUCAUGGAGAAUCUGGCCAGUCCGCGCUACGAGUCAAAUGUGGUCGAGGACGUGGCCUGGAAGCUGCACGUAGAGGUCUCCUCGCAUUGCCAGCAACGCGACAAGACGCCAAUAGGCGUGCUGCAGUUGCGAACAGCAGCUGGAGAGGACAUUAGUUCAGAGAUGACACACCCAGAGCUAUUGCAGCUCUACAAUCAGUUUGAACAGAUUCAAGCCGAGCUGGAUGCCACGCUGGCCAUGACGGAAACAGCUCCAGCCUCUGGUGCAGCCAGUAUCAGUGGCAGUGCCCAGUAGGUGAUCAUUCCCCUUGCCACUUUAUCUUUUAUGACCAGGGAAACUGCCACACCUCAAUGGUAUCUUCCUACUUAUAAAUAUGCUUUAUACUCCACAAUAUGUAUUCAAAUUGUGAGAGAUACCCUGUUAAACCUAUCUUUAAAUAGUACUUAGAAAAAAAUCUACAAUAAAUUAACCCAAA